UUGCCUCUAUGAUUGUAUGUUAUUAGUUAUAAGUGAAAUUGUUGAAAACUUGAUCAAACGAUUAUCAUCAAUAAUUAAGAACUUAUCUUUUGAUAAAAACUUGUUUGGUAUAUCAAGAAAUAAUACUUGGUGGUAAGAAAAAGAAGGAGAAAAGUAACUUUGGUGUUAUAUGCCACGUCAAAUCUUUUAUAUAUUUUUUCAGUGAUAUUAUGGCGUCGCAGGUCUACGAAUUUCGAGUUGAAAUGACGUGUGAAGGAUGUGUCAAUUCCGUUCAAAAUGUUCUUAAUAAAAAGGCAGGUGUAAGUGAUAUUAACGUUAACUUAGCUAAUAAAAUGGUAUCUGUGAAAACAACAUUAUCCUCCGAUGAGGUAUUACAAACUAUCAAAAAAACUGGCAAGGAGUGUACAUUUGUAGGUGUUAAACAAUAAAUUUGACACAAACGUUAACACACAAAUAUAUCUAAUACUAUGUAAUUCAAAUAUUAUUUUCCUUCUGUUGAACUAUUAAACCGUUAAAUGCAAUAUUUAAAUGGAUUUAUUAUGGUUUUCAAAAUGAUAACAUCUAAACAAACUUAUCGAAUUCAUAAAAGGUAACUUAAUAAUGAAAUAUAAAUUAAUAAGAGUAUGGUGGUGUUUUUAUGUUUGUGCAUGUGUAUAUAUAUUUGAAAUAUAUUAAAAAGUACGUAAUCCUUUUUGACCGUCCUCCCAAGUACUUUGGAAUUAGUCCCCGCAAGAAUAAAAAAUCAAUUGCAUUAAUUAGGAAAAAAAGAAAGUGAGAGGGAUAAUGUAAAUCGUAAUAUAUGGCAGUACAUCAUGU